AAGAUUAGAAUUUCAGUACAAUUUCAGUUUCUGAACAGAAAAUCGUUUGAAAAAUUAAUUUAUCAGUUUAUCGCAAAAAAAAAGUAAAUAUUUUAAUUUUCAUAUCGAGAAAAAAAAUAUGUCGACGAUUAAUAUCAAAUUGUCAUAUAAAAAUAAAUUAAAUCCAACGACAAUUAGUUCGAUGCCAAUCAAAAGAACUUCCCAUCACGUAACAUGGAAACAAAAAGCAGUGAUGACAUAUUUUAAACCAAUUUUCGAUUUUAUGGGAACAAUGAGACAUAAAAAAUUAAGAGCUAAUAGAAUAAAAAUACGCAGAAAAAAUAAAUGCUCAUGUAAUUGUGAAUGUAGAACAAAAAUAAUUGAAUUCAAAUUAAUACAAUUGUCCGAGGAAUAUAAAACAAAAUUAAAUAUUUUAUCCGAACAACAACAAAAAUUUAUUCCACAAAUCACACAAGGAUUACGUACAAAAAUUCACGGUGGUGAAUUUUCAAUAGAAGAAAAAUUAAUGUGCCACUCAAUUUAUAAUACAUCGGAAAUUGUUUACAAUUAUUUAAGUAAAUUAAUUCCCCUGCCAAAUUGUGAGAAUUUAAAAAAAUUUCACAAAUCCAUUCCAUUUGAUACUGGCUUAACAUCGACAAUGAUAGAUCGAUUAUAUACAAUAGCAAAAACAAUGAAAUUUAGCGAUAAAAUUGUUACAUUAAUGUUGGGCUCCAUUGAUAUUAAUCCACAUUUAUAUUACAGUGGUAAAUUAGAUAAAGUUCUUGGUUUUGAGGAUUGGGGUAAUUGUCGUCGUGAUAUUAUUGCCGAUAAAUGUUUUGUAUUUGCAAUUAGAGGAAUUGAGUCUAAUUGGUUUUUACCAAUUGCAUAUAGUUUCGCUGAUGAAAUACCAAAAAUUUCGCGUCUUACAAAAUUAUUUAAAUUAGUUGUGAAAUAUUUGACAUCAGCUGGAUUUCAUGUUGUCGCAACAGUUUGCGAUAAGGAAGAAUGGUACGAGGCAUUGUUGGAUAAAUUGCGAAUAGAAACUUAUGAAAAAAGGGGACCUGAUACUGCCGAAAAUUUUGGUACUAUUCUCGUUCAGGGCGUUGAGAUCGUUCCACUAAUCAAUCCCAUGGAUUUAUUAAUUGAUUUUCGUAAUAAUAUGAUGUCAAACGAUUUGGAAUAUUUCGUUGAUUUGAUAGAGAGACCCGAAAAUUGGGAUCAUAAAAGGGAAAAUUUUAUUUUUAAUGGCGAAAAAAGCCCGUUAAUUGCUUCAUGGAAACACAUUGAACUCGCAUAUAAUAAUAACAACAAUGAUCAAUCGAAAAAUAAAAUACCACCGCUAUCAGAAAAAAGUAUUACAAAAAAGGAAUUAACAAAAUCAGAUUUCAACUCUGUUCUUGAUGUUUUUAAUGAAAAAAUAGCAGCAACUUUGGAUAAACUUUCAAAUAAAAAUGAAAAUAUCGACGGUGAAAAAAUUCCACCGGAAGGAUUCUUCACGUCAUUUAUAUUGAAUUUUCUCGAUAAACUUUGCGAGUCAUUAAUGGGAGGAAAAAUGGAAAAUGAUCCAAAAUAUGAAUUGAAAACUAUAUUGACAGACGAUAGUUUUCAUUGGGAAUUUUUUGAAAUUGCAAAAAUAUAUCUUCAACAUAUGCGUUUUAUUGAUAGAGAUACAAAAAAGCCAAUUAUUAAUCAUAUUUCUUGUUUCAAUGAUUUAACAACAACAAUUAUUGGUUUUCAAUUAUUAUGGAGAAAAUUACGUGAAAUGGAUUUUCAUUUAGUUCAAACAAAAAAAUUCAAUUUAGAGCCACUUGAUGAAUUUUUAAAAAAACACAAUAACUCAACGUGCGUGAAAUUUUCACGAUAUUUUAAAUAUUUCUGUUAUCCCGAUAUAACUGAAUUUAAUUUACAGCUCUAAGCUAAUAUUAAAAAAAAAAAAAUAUUUAUUAAUUUUUUUAAAUUGUAUUUUUUUCUGUAUUUUAAUAAUAAAUGUUAAUAAAUAAUCA